UCCAUUUCCGACGCAACCUGGUCCCGCGGCUCCGAUUGGCUGGCUUUUGAGCGUGAGGACGUUGCGUCGCGGGGCGGGGCGGACGAGCGGUGUCUGUCAGGGCUUGAGCAGUACGCCCCCGACCGCCGCCCCCCUCCCCGCGGGUCGCGUCGUUGCCACCUCUCGCCCGGUCUGAGAGGGGACAGGUGACGGCCGGGGCUCCGGGUGGCGGCUCGGCCUCCCGGCCUCUCUCUCCAGCCGCCUCUCCGAGCCAGCCGCUUUCCUCGAGCGGGUCCCGGCCGGCGGAAGAUGGCGGCCGCGCCCCGCGGCGCCUGGGAGCAGCGGCGCCCGGGCUGUGGGUCGGGACCCCUCUCCCGGCUGCUCGUCCUCGCGCAGGCGCUGCUGCUGCUGCCCGCCGCCCGGGCGGGCCCGUGCCCCGCGCCCUGCGCCUGCCGCCUCCCUCUGCUGGACUGCAGCCGCAGGAAGCUGCCCGCGCCCGGCUGGAGGGCACUGUCGGGCCCGCUGCCCCCCGACGCCGCCAGCCUGGAUUUGAGUCAUAACCGGUUGUCUAACUGGAACAUCAGCUUGGAAUCACAGACAUUACAAGAAGUGAAAAUGAAUUACAAUGAGCUAACAGAGAUCCCAUAUUUUGGCGAACCAACACCUAAUAUUACUCUACUUUCAUUGGUCCAUAAUUUAAUACCAGAAAUAAAUGCAGAAGCAUUCCAGCUUUACACUGCUCUCGAGAGUUUAGACCUCAGUUCCAAUAUAAUAUCCGAAAUCAAGACAUCUUCAUUUCCUCGAAUGUCACUGAAAUAUUUGAAUUUGAGUAAUAACAGAAUAACCACCUUGGAGGCUGGCUGCUUUGACAACUUAUCAGGUUCUUUAUUAGUGGUAAAAUUAAACCGGAACCGAAUUAGCAUGAUUCCACCUAAAGUCUUCAAGUUGCCUCAUCUCCAAUUCUUGGAACUAAAAAGAAACAGGAUUAAAAUUGUAGAAGGCCUUACUUUCCAAGGGCUUGAUUCCUUACGCUCAUUGAAAAUGCAACGGAAUGGGAUUAGCAAACUCAAAGAUGGAGCAUUUUUUGGCUUAAAUAAUAUGGAAGAAUUAGAACUGGAACAUAAUAACCUUACAGGAGUGAACAAGGGGUGGCUCUAUGGCUUACGAAUGUUACAGCAGCUGUAUAUGAGCCAGAAUGCUAUUGAAAGAAUCAGCCCCGAUGCAUGGGAGUUCUGCCAGAGACUAUCGGAACUGGAUUUGUCCUAUAACCAGCUGACUCGCCUUGAUGAAUCAGCCUUUGUGGGGCUGAGCUUACUGGAGAGAUUGAAUUUAGGGGACAAUAGAGUCACUCAUAUUGCUGAUGGUGUAUUUAGGUUUCUUUCUAAUCUUCAGACAUUAGAUUUGAGAAACAAUGAAAUUUCAUGGGCCAUAGAAGACGCUAGUGAAGCCUUUGUUGGACUCAAAAGCCUCACUAAAUUAAUCUUGCAAGGAAACCAGAUUAAGUCAAUUACACAGAAAGCAUUCAUUGGUCUUGAAUCUCUUGAGUAUCUAGAUUUGAACAACAAUGCUAUAAUGUCUGUCCAAGAAAAUGCUUUUUCUCAGACUCAUUUAAAGGAACUCGUUCUGAACACAAGCAGUUUGCUCUGUGAUUGUCAUUUGAAGUGGUUACUUCAGUGGCUGGUGGAUAACAACUUUCAUCGUUCUGUGAAUGUAAGCUGUGCACAUCCUGAAUGGUUAGCAGGACAAAGCAUCCUGAAUGUGGACCUGAAAGAUUUUGUCUGUGAUGAUUUUCUGAAGCCUCAGAUAAGGACACAUCCUGAAAGCACAGUUGCAUUAAGAGGUGUUAACGUAACUCUGACGUGCACUGCUGUGAGCAGCAGUGAUUCACCCAUGUCCACUGUGUGGCGCAAAGACAGUGAGAUCCUGUAUGAUGUGGACAUCGAGAACUUUGUUCGCUAUCGGCAGCAGGCUGGAGAAGCUCUGGAAUAUACUAGUGUCUUGCACCUUUUUAGUGUGAACUUCACAGACGAAGGGAAAUACCAGUGUAUUGUUACUAAUCACUUUGGUUCUAAUUAUUCUCAGAAAGCCAAGCUGACUGUGAAUGAGAUGCCAUCUUUUCUGAAAACUCCAAUGGAUCUAACUAUUCGCACUGGUGCCAUGGCGAGAUUAGAAUGUGCUGCAGAGGGCCACCCAGCACCUCAGAUUUCCUGGCAGAAAGACGGUGGCACUGACUUUCCUGCAGCCCGAGAAAGACGCAUGCAUGUCAUGCCCGAGGAUGAUGUCUUCUUCAUUGCCAAUGUGAAGAUAGAAGACAUGGGAAUCUACAGCUGCAUGGCACAGAAUAUAGCAGGAGGCCUCUCAGCAAAUGCCUCACUUACAGUGUUAGAGACACCCUCAUUUAUUAGACCUCUGGAGGACAAGACCGUCGCCAGAGGUGAAACAGCGGUAUUGCAGUGCAUAGCUGGAGGGAGUCCUGCUCCUCGACUCAACUGGACCAAAGAUGAUGGGCCACUCCUAGUCACAGAACGGCACUUCUUUGCUGCAGCCAAUCAGCUUCUCAUCAUUGUAGAUGCUGGGCUAGAAGAUGCUGGAAAAUAUACCUGUAUUAUGUCUAACACUCUUGGGACAGAACGAGGACAUAUUUACUUAAAUGUCAUUUCAUCCUCCAACUGUGACUCUUCUCAGAAUAGCAUUGGGCAUGAAGAUGAUGGUUGGACCACAGUUGGCAUUGUCAUCAUUGUUGUGGUCUGCUGUGUUGUGGGUACCUCUUUGAUCUGGGUCAUUGUUAUUUACCACAUGAGAAGGAAGAAUGAAGACUACAGUAUCACAAACACAGAGGAGCUUAAUUUGCCUGCAGACAUCCCCAGCUAUUUGUCUUCCCAAGGAACACUGUCUGAACCACAGGAAGGCUACAGCAACUCUGAGGCAGGCAGUCAUCAGCAACUUAUGCCUCCUGCCAAUGGAUAUAUUCACAAAGGCACUGAUGGUGGCACGGGCACCCGGGUGAUCUGUUCAGAUUGUUAUGACAACGCCAACAUCUACUCAAGGACCAGAGAAUACUGUCCAUACACCUAUAUUGCUGAGGAGGAUGUUUUAGAUCAGACACUCUCCAGCCUCAUGGUUCAGAUGCCCAAAGAGACAUUUUUGUCACAUCCUCCCCAAGAUGCUGCUAAUCUGGAGAAUCUGAUACCAUCAACAGAGCGAGAGCUGUCUGCCUUUCCUACCAACCACGAGAGGAUGAGUGAGAACCUUCCCUUCUCACAGAUGAGCAGUGAAAUGUUUCAGCGUCCUCUGUGGAACAUGAACAGAGAACUGGGCCUACUUCCUUUCCCCCAGCAGCCUGUCCUUGAGUCAUCACAGCUGGCCGAGAGGGAUCCAAACUGCUCUUCGCCUGUGUCUUGCCACAGGUUACAUGACCACGCUUUUGAUUUUAGUAGGACUCGGAACAUUCGAGAUGGUGGUGAGGGCACAUGAAGCUUGUCCAGGAGGAGGUCCAAGCAGAGACUAAAGCUAGUUAGUUCACUACCUCAGAAUUGAGAAGAGCCCCCAAAGUCAGCAUUUGCGCUACUCUUUGCUUCAAGUUACAUCUGACCACACCAAAGUAGCCCUGAUGUCUGUUUGGGCUUACACCUAGCAAAGAGAAGCAGUGGCUGACAAAAGUGUACCACAGAAAUGUGCACUGCAUUGAAAGUACACAGCUCUGGCAGAAGACGACAUGGGCAGGUGUCCUUCCUGAUGGCCCCACAGGGAUGUGCCCAGGUGUGCAUUGUCUGUCAUGAAGGGUGUCGUUGCUGCUUAGCCUGCUGGACUAGCCCAGUCCUCAGAGUGGUCCUGAGAAAGCAUCACUACUUGACAUUCUACUUUACCUUCCAAGCAAGGAGCAGAAAUAGCUUCUGAGCUCUCAUCAGUAUGACUGGGAUUCUCUGUGGUGCUGAGCUGAGAAUAGCAGCUGAGGCUUUGAUAUUCAAGGUCUUCAAUUAGAAUCCAAGUUUCACCAACUGGUACCAGAUCAAAGGCUUUUGUAUUCUUGUGGAUUGUGUGUAUGUGUGUGUGUUGUGUGUGUGUUUUGUCCCUAUAACCAGGGAUGUCAUUAUAAAUAUAUGUGCAUUUAUAAAUAAUUUUUCUACUCAUUGACCUUGUGUAUUGGCUACAGUGUAAAUAUUUUUGAUAUGCCUAAAUUAUAUAUAAUGUCUGUCUGGUUACUAUAUGGGCAACAGAUUCUCAAGAUCACAGAUUUUGCAUAACUUAGUUUAGUGAGGUCUGUAAACUCUGUUUAAAGUUUUAAGACUGUUUAUUACUAGGUGUAUGUAGAGAGGCAGGGUACUUAGUGAGUGAUUGUGUGCUCACAGACUCAGUUGUGGUGUAAUUAACUGCUUGCUUCAUGCCUGAAGGUCCAUGCAUCCUAUACUUGCCAUCUGUUUACAAGUGCCAGGUGAUAAUCUCGUCCUAGCAUAAAUGUCUUGCUCUUCCAGCUCAGCAGCCUUGUCACAGCCCUGUGAGCAUAGAAGAUGACUUAUUUUGGGACUGUCUUCUUUCAGCAGAGUACUUUGAUGACAAGAAAGCCAAAGAUUGUUCUUUUUCAUGUUUACUUUGUUUUAAUCACCUUCACGAAUGUAGCAUAUUAAGAAGGGCAGUGCGCUCCUGGGAGUAGAUCACUCGGACGUUCUUGUGCUCUGUAAAUUUAGAGUGGCUCUUUAUGCGAGUUUUUAUUUAAGCCAAAAAGCUUUAUGUAAAUGAAGAAUGUUAACACUAAUGAAGUGUCAUGUGCUUUCAGUCUGUCCUCUGAGUGUAGUACCAGCUCCCUGCUAGGUGGCUCCCAACUUGUAAAGGUGUCUAUUUAUAAGUAACUGUAUAUUUCUAGAGUUCCAAACUCACACAGUUUCUUAGCUUUUUGUCAGAAAGUUAAGAUGAAUUUUGGAAUUUUUCCCAUGCUUGUUUUAAUCCUAGUUUUUUCUUUCUCAGACAGCAGCACUGUUAGUUUUUUUAACUUCUUGUUCUAUUCAAACUGUCAUGUUUUCUUCAUUUUCACUUUAAAAUGUUUCUAGUCUGACCAGCAAGAAAACAAAAAACUGGAACAUGCCCAAAAGGAAAAAAGUGUAUAGUGCAAAGGGAUGAGACUAGAAAUUAAGAGCUCGCUCGUGACACUGCUCUUGUUAGCUGUGUGUCUCUUACAGGAGAAAGGUUGCUUACUAGCUGCUCCAAGCUCUCUCCAGCUCCCUCCAGGAACCAAAGAGGACUGAGCCACUUCAGUAAAGAUCUGCCUUUGUGAACUGUUAGCUAGAUCAAGCGUGAUGCUGCUCGCUCUUACUUGAGCUGUAUUUAUUUUGCCAGUAGGGGACUAACAGUCUAAGAAACGCUCAGGGGAGGGAAAAAAUGUUCUGCUUCUAAACAGUGUCAGUAAACAAAGACUCACAUCUGAAUUGAAAAGUUGCCUUUUGUCCUCAGAGCUGCUGCUCACAGGAGGGUCAGGAUGGAGGUGUGCCUUGGUUCAGUUGUAGCUGGCCAUGCCACUUUUUCUGUGGUCAGGGUUCUGUGCUGUCCUAUCUGUUAUUGUCAGGGUAGAAAACAGGCCCCCACCCAGUCCUCUAGAAACACUUUAUCCAGGACAUUGCCUCCAAGCUCCAGCAGUGGCCCUUCUGCUGGGAUGCCAGUCUGGUCUCUGAGGGUUGGUGAACUUCUGGACCUGUCUUCCCAGAUCUCUGGCUUGCUUAAAUAACUGACUAGGAACUCAUUUACAGAUGAGCCUGUCCCUGGUCUUAAACUAACAACAGAUUCUAACCUUAGAGAACUUGGUUGCACAUGUUUGACCAAGUGCUCUUUACCCUUCUGGUGAUAGGAUUAGUGUCUGCUCAGCACUUCCUCCAGGCUGGAUAGGUCCACACGGGACUAAGUCAGGAACUCUGCAAAGCAAGGCAGACUGACAUUUUGAGAGAACUGUCCCCAGCCAGUUCCCACAUCAUUUCAGUGUGGAUGCAUAAGCUCUCUUAAUUUGUUUGUGCCUCUCUUAGGCUGAUUCUACAAGUGGACCUAUACGAAGUAGCCUUUUCCUUGAACUCUAGGCCUUACCAGUGCGGAUCUACACUCACCUUUCUGUUACUCAUCUGCAUGCAGGCUGCUAUCUGAAAUAUGAAGUACUUGAAAUCGAACCCUGGUGAAUAGCUGUCCAUAAGGCCAUACCUCAGAAGCUUUGCAUGGGUAGUUUGGGUCAGGUUAACUUUUACUCUUGGUUGGCUGUAUGUUGCACAGGGAAGGGUUGUAAAGGAUCGUUAGUCUGCAUCAGGCAGUUUCAGCACUGUCGGCCAUCCUUUGAAAGGGGUGACAAGAAAUUGCAGAUGUCAUCUCCAGGGAGGUGUAGAGUACAUAUCUUAGUCUAAUAAUUACACUUCCCUGAUAAUGGAAAUAGUCUGCCUUUGGCGGGAGGUAGGCACAGAUGUUAAUUGCUGACCAUCUGAAGAAAGUGAUGGAGUGGAGCAUGGGCAGUACUAUAAUGUCAUUAGCUUGUCCUUUGUGUUCUGUUUAGUUCACUUCAGAUUUUUUUUUUUUUAAUCAUUUGGAACAAAGGAAUCUGAUCUGUGUUCAUUGCUAAAAACAUGAAAUGUUGGCAUUUUUUCUGAUAAAAUCCUAUACUUCUGACAUAGUGUCAUUACUUUGACAAAAAACUUAAGUCAAUGUUUUCAUUUUUUUCUGAAUUUUAUAUAUUUUUUAGCACCCACUGACCUUGGAUUCUCAGUCUCCUGCCUCGCUCUUUCAAAUGUGGAGACUGUGUGUAUGUCUGACUUGAUUAAUUUUUAUUCUUUCCUAUGGAAGCAGCUGGAGUUGAGUUGGUUUAGUGUUCUGCUUUAUGUUUUACCUAAGUGUGUGAGGAUGGCCUUUUCUCAAAAUUGAAGAUUCACUGACGUGCUGCAUUGGCAAGAAGUAACAGAUCAGUGUGCCUGUCAUGUCUUCAUACCCGCCCCCACCCCUUGUGCUGGGAUUGAGCCUAUAGCUUCCUGAAUGCCAGCUGCAUGCUCUUCCACCGAACCCAGGCCCUGCAUUUGUUCUCUUUUUAUGUGAGACACAGCCCAUCCUUGGGCCUUUGUUUUCGUUUUCUCUUUUGGCAGUCCUAGGUACUGAGCCUGUAGCUUCCUGCAUACCAGGCCAGUAUUCUACCUUUGAGCUGCAGCUUCAGCUAAAUAUUAUUUUGCUGCAGGUGAAUGGGUGGUUAUAAAGAAACAAUGGGACCAUAAAUAGUUGAGCUGGUGUUUUCUGUUGGAUGGUCUCUUUGCCAGGCCAUUUUGGUGGCAUGCUUCCACUGCCCUCUCUACUUCAAACUUUUUGUUUGGAACAUUAUCUUAAUAUACAGCAGCUAGCUUAGAUUUACUUUUUCUUUUAUUCUAUUUUUGACAUUUAUCUGGUUCACUGACUGAAGUACCAAGUGUCCGAGUUACGGAUGUAUUAGGAACUGUACUUGGAACAUCUGAAAACCCAGGAAACACUUGUAGGUUUGUGAGAAGGCGGGAGGGGAAAGAGAGGUUGGUAUGUGCUGUCCUAGGAGUCAAACCCAGGCAAGCACUCUCAAGGUCUACGUGUUUUAGGUUAAGAUUUGGAUGCACUCCUUCCAUUGACCAUUGUUUCUUCGAAGUCCUGAUAAUCAUGGUGAAGAGGGGUUUGACUUGUCUUUGCCUGUUUUUGGAUGUGAAGUGAUCUUGUAGCAGCUGUAACUGUUUUCAAAGAGAAGUUGAUCUUCAGGUGGCUAAGUGCCCUUGAAAUAUCUUAUGGCUACUGGAGAUGGCCUCUUCACCCGCUGAGUGACUUCUCCCUGCUGCCCUCUGUUCUCUUCCCCAUUAGAGGAUGUCAGGCUGAGCCGCCCUGGGGGAAGGCGUCUCUAAAGAGAAAUACAAAGCCAAAUUGUUCAGUGUGUCUGUUUCCUGGUAUCCAUUAUAUUUUCUCACAUAAGAAUGUAUAUUUUAUAGAGCAUGUGUUCGCCCUAUCUACUGUGAUGUCAAUAAAGCUAAAACAUGA